AUGAUUGCAGAUAUAAUUCAUGCACAUCCACACGUGCUUGAGACCGCGCAUGCCCUUCUCAUUCUAUGCAUCUAUCCAUUCAAGAUUUCGGGCAUGAUCGAGGAUCCUUCCCUCAUGUACAGCAGCAUUGCCACUCAAAUAUGCCUGCAGCUAGGGCAUCCGUCCUCGAGUCAGCAUGCUUCAACCAUAUCGACGCCUGGAAGCGAUCGGAAAGCCAAGGAUGAACGGGUCAAAACUAGCACGUCAGUUGCAUGUUUCAUCAUAAACAGGAUGUAUUCCGGCUACCAAGGCAUUCCCGCCACCACCUCAGCUCACCCAAAGCUUCUCAGAGCGUUCGAAGAUCCUAUAGUUGAUCCUAAACUGUCAUCCCUCGGUCGAAUUUAUCAUCUACUGGGGGACGCGAUCGUCGCAAUCGGUGCCGACGGACCUACUCCAUCAGGUAUGUUAGAACCAAAUGCUCGAUUGGCCAUGAUAAAUAUAUACGCGGAGCAACUCUUAGAGCUCCGACAAAGAUAUUUUCCAGAUGUGAUGGGGGGGAUGGUGGCGGUCUCGUACUUUUACGCCCGACUGCAACUCUGGUCAUUCGCUCUGCUCGAUGACAUGAUGCUUUCGGAAGAGCUCCUGAAGAUCUAUGAGACCGCAGAGCAAGAAGCUUACAAGCUGACCGACCUCUGCUAUGAUAUGAACUUAGCAGCAGCUCCCUACCAUUUCCGCCGCGCCAUUUGCUUUGGUGGGUUCGUGCUGGUCAAACUCUUGCGUUCUCCCUACUGCCGCACGAAACCCGAGCUCCUCGCGGACAAUAUCGAGCGUGUCCGCCAGACGCUGAGCGCCAGUGCUAGUGCGCCAGACGAUAUCAUCUGUAAGGCGUGUCGCAUAUUGGAGGAAUUGCCAUAUUUGGAAGACAAGAAGCGCACGCCACCGAUUUCUUCUCGGAUGGGUGCCUCGAUGAUGUUUGACAUGCUUCGCAUCUACUGGGAAAAUUGGUAUGACCGGAAUUUGCCAGAAGAGCCUUCUUUCCUUGAUCUGGAUGCAAUUGAAUGGGAUGGUUUAGUGUUGUAA